AUGUACUUGUACACUUUUGAUGACAUCCUAGAGGAGGUGGGCAAAUUGGGGUGAUCCAAGAAGUGAAUCACUGUCCUGCUAUGCAUGAUCUCCAUGCCAUGGGCCGGUGUCUACGUAGGCAUUAUGUUCUGGGGGUUCACCCCAGAGCAUUGGUGCCGGGACUCGGGUGAGUCAGAUCCGGCAGAGCUGUGGUUGGAACCUGAUGGACACUAGAAAGAUCACGGUCCCUCUGGUCAACACCUCAGGAGUGCUGGUCCACAGCCAGUGUGAGCAGUAUGACCUGGACCGGAACAAUACGGGUCUGACAUGUGACAACCCAGAAUCUGACCUCACUGACGACCACCGCAGGAAAGCUCCCAUGACCUCCUGCAAAGAAGGCUGGGAGUAUAACUACAAAGGAAGGCAGUCCUUUGUGACUUAAGUGAGAACUUUAUGAAAUAUACAGUACCAGUCAAAAGUUUGGAUUCACCUACUCAUUCAAGGGUUUUUCUUUAUUUUAACAUUUUUUUAUAUUGUAGAAUAAUAGUGAAGACAUAAACUAUGAAAGAACACAUAUGGAAUCAUGUAGUAACCAAAAAAGUGUUAAACAAAUCAAAAUAUAUUUUAUAUUUGAGAUUCUUCAAAUAACCACCCUUUGCCUUGAUGACAGCUUUGCACACUCUUGGCAUUUUCUCAACCAGCUUCAUGAGUUAGUCACCUUGAAUUCAUCUCAAUUAACAGGUGUGUCUUCUUAAAAGUUAAUUUGUGGAAUUUCUUUCCUUCUUAAUGCAUUUGAGACAAUCAGUUGUGUUGUGACAAGAAGAUAGCCCUAUUUGGUAAAGUACCAAGUCCAUUUUAUGGCAAGAACAGCUCAAGCAAAGAGAAACGACAUUCCAUCAUUACUUUAAGACAUGAAGGUCAUUCAAAACUGAUCAUUUCAAGAACUUUGAAAGAUAAUUCAAGUGCAGUCGCAAAAACCAUCAAGAGCUAUGAAACUGGCUCUCAUGAGGACCGCCACAGGAAUGGAAGACCCAGAGUUACCUCUGCUGCAGAGGAUAAGUUCAUUAGAGUUACCAGCCUCAGAAAUUGCAGGCCAAAUAAAUGCUUCACAGAGUUCAAGUAACAGACACUGUCAUUGUCCUGUUGAAAAACAAAUGAUAGUCCCACUAAGCCCAAACCAGAUGGGAUGGCGUAUCACUGAAGAAUGCUGUGGUAGCCAUGCUGGUUAAGUGUGCCUUGAAUUCUAAAUAAAUCACAGACAGUGUCACCAGCAAAGCACCCCCACACCAUAACACCACCUCCUCCAUGCUUUACGGUGGGAAAUAGACAUGCAGAGAUCAUCUGUUCACCCACACCGCGUCUCACAAAGCCACGGUGGUUGGAACCAAAAAUCUCCAAUUUCCACAGGUCUAAUGUCAAUUGCUUGUGUUUCUUGGCCCAAGCAAGUCUCUUAUUUUUAUUGGUGUCCUUUAGUAGUGGUUUCUUUGCAGCAAUUCAACCAUGAAGGCCUGAUUCACACAGUCUCCUCUGAACAGUUGAUGUUGUGAUGUGUCUGUUACUUGAACUCUGUGAAGCAUUUAUUUGGCCUGCAAUUUCUGAGGUGCAGUUAACUCUAAUGAACUUAUCAUCUGCAGCAGAGGUAACUCUGGGUCUUCCAUUCCUGUGGCGGUCAUCAUGAGAGCCAGUUUCAUAGCCCUUGAUGGUUUUUGCGACUGCACUUGAAGAAACUUUCAAAGUUCUUGAAAUGUUCAGUAUUGACUGACCUUCAUGUCUUAAAGUAAUGAUGGACUGUUGAGCUGUUGCUUAUUUGAGCUGUUCUUGCCAUAAUAUGGACUUGGUGUUUUACCAAAUAGGGCUAUCUUCUUGUCACAACACAACUGAUUGGCUCAAAUGCAUUAAGAAGGAAAGAAAUUCCAUAAAUUAACUUUUAAGAAGGCACACCUGUUAAUUGAGAUGAAUUCAAGGUGACUAACUCAUGAAGCUGGUUGAGAGAAUGCAAAGCUGUCAUCAAUGCAAAGGGUGGUUAUUUGAAGAAUCUCAAAUAUAAAAUAUAUUUUGAUUUGUUUAACACUUUUUUGGUUACUACAUGAUUCCAUAUGUGUUAUUUCAUUGUUUUGAUGUCUUCACGAUUAUGCUACAAUGUAGAAAAUAGUAAAAAAUUAAGAAAAACCCUUGAAUGAGAGGGUGGUCCAAACUUUUGACUGGUACUGUAUGUUCAAGACAUUGAAUUUUAAUUGAAUUUCAGAACAAUGAACCGAUUAAGAUGGCAGUGAAUGAUAAGGUAUUUGUGAUUUUCAGUUUGACCUGGUGUGUGCUGAUGCCUGGGUGGUGGACAUGUUCCAGGCGACACUCAAAGUGGGCUUCUUCAUAGGCAGCAUAGCCAUUGGAUACCUGGCUGACAGAUACGGAAGGCUAUGUGGGUCAGACAGAAGAUCCCACCAGUGCAGAUUUCUUACUGACUUUUAGAAAGACUUAAAGAACGAGAAAAGUGAAGGAAAGUGGACUUGCUAAAAGAGAGUGAACCCUUACUGAAAGAAAUAAACUUCUGAAAUACUAUGUGUAGAGAUGGAAAAAUGAAAUAUAAAGAUUUGAAUUUCCAUCCCCUGGGUGUUCCUUUUUCUCCUUCAUUUUCGAUUUGGCAGAAAGAAGAACUUCUUAAUGUCCAACCUCUUGAAUGGGAUUUUGGGAAUCCUUGUAGCAUGCUCUCCAAAUUGGGUAUCCAUGCUGGUCUUCCGAGCAUUCUAUGGCUUUGGUGACAAGGGUUGGUGGCUGGAUAUGUCCUGAGUAUGACAACAUUACUUUUUUAAACAAUGUCUAAAACCUUAACAUUUUAAUUGUAAUUUUACAUUUCAAAUUGUUGUUUUACAAAUUGUAGCUGUAAUAAUUACAUCAUAUUGCUCUUGUGGAGAUCACACUUCAGUCACAACACUUUUGACCAUAGCAUCAUGUCAGAGGCUUCCUCUCUCGUCUCUAUGUAUCCUCUGUGUUCUGUCCUCAUGCCCUGCUUUUAUCCCCUCUCCUCAGUCACUGAGCUGGUAGGAGUAGAGUACAAGAGAACUGCGGGAGUCAUCUACCAGAUGUUCUUCAGUGUGGGAAUUCUCAUCCUGCCCCUCAUCUCCUACUUCAUCACAGACUGGCGUUGGCUGCAGGUGGUCAUCACUGCACCUUACAUCCUCUUCCUGUUCUACUACUGGUAAGACCUGGAACUGCCUCGUACUGUAUAUAUUCAGGUAGAUUUUUGUUUGUGCGUUUCAUGUAUUCAAGCUUUUUAUAUCGCAUUUUCUAUUCUGGCUUCCAGGCUGAUCCCAGAGUCUCCAAAUGGCUUCACUCUCAGCACAACGCAAAGAAAGCUGUGAAGAUCACUGAGGCAAUACCUAAAGAAAACAAGAAAACCCUGUCCAAGAACAUUGAGGUGAGAAAUUAUUGCUUUGAAGGGUAGAUCAAAUUUAAGAAACUAAAGAAAGCUCCAGUAACUGAAAUGUAGUUUGUUAUUACUCACAUUUGGCUGUUGUAUCUUACAGACACUCAAAGACAGCACUGCAUGGUAAACUAGAUUGAAGAAUAACUUUCAUAUGCUACUGUAUCUUACAUACGAUGAGAGACGGCAAUGCCGAGACCUCAACUGCCUCAUUCAUGGACCUAAUCAGAACUCCAAACAUGAGAAAACACACCUUCAUCCUUACCAGUUUCAACUGGUAUACCUUUUCCACAAACAACAAGAACAUAUCAGGAACUAUAAUAGCCUUAUUAGUCACAACUAUAAUGUUUCCGUUACAGCCUCUUGCCCACCGCCACCCACAUGACGACCAACAAAGAACCUGA